GUGUGCACUGCCUCAAAGUGCCUGCCCAUAAACAGUCAAUGAAUAGAGGAGGUAAACAUGGUCUUGCCACUCAGUGCGUGGUAGCACUGCUUAUCGACAUGGCAAGUUAACUUCCAGCAUUGGAAAACAAUCUUGACGUUCCUAAUACAAGGCCAGGCUUAAGUCCUGGUGUUGUUUUUAAACAAUGCCUGGCCAUCAAAGAAGCCUCUCUGAGAACCUUGUACUUGAAGAUGGUGACAAAGGGUGUGUUCUUGUCUCCAAAAUUAACUCUGAUCUGACAGCAAGUCAAGGGUUACAAGAAGGAGAUGAAAUUGUUGGUGCCACCAUUCACUUUGACCACCUAAAGAAGAAUGAAGUGAUUGAAAUACUGAAGCUAAUUGAACCCUAUAAUGACAAGGUGCAAGUGCUGACAAAGCCAGGCCUGAAAUCCAGGAGGAGCUUCGAAAAUCUGGAUAACAGCAUCAAAGCUCCAAAUGAGGUAAAAAUGGAUUCUUACAACAAGAUGUUCAAUGCCAAAGUCAAGAAAUUUAUGAAAGUAAAUCCAAAUGGAAGAAGUCAAGAUAAUGUAGCCAGUCCCCCAGAUGGCCAGGUGACUGCUCAGGGUUUAAGUAAUGACAAGGCAAGAGGUGACAGCAAUCUGCCUUUACAUGACAUACCAACAGUAGACGUCUCACUCAAGAAGGUCGAUGUAGAAGCUUGCCUUCAAAAGUUAAAGGUUAAAGCUCCAGAACUUAAUACUUGUGCUAUCACAGAAUAUGAAUACAACUCUAACUUGCUGCUUCAAGGUGCUGGUCUAAAUGGAACCAGUGAGGGUCCAAACCUAUAUGUGAAAUCUACUGAAAUUGACAUGAGUAGUCCUGCAGGUAAACUCAAAAUGCCCAAAUUGAAAAUGCCAAAGUUUAAUUCUUCAGGCUUUCAAGAACCUGAUAAGGGAGACUUGUUAUCCCCCAAUCUUGGUGCAGGGAUUAGUGUUGCUGACUUUGACACUGGUUCUGCUAAUGGAGAACUGAAACUGACAAAAUCAGGUGAUUUGCACAAACCAACUCUAAACAGCCCUUCAGUCAAAGGAGAUAUUGAUGGCCUGGGCAUGGACUUAACUCUUCCCAAACUUGAUUUUAAAGGUUCAAAUGUGAACAUAAAGUCCCCUGGCAUUGACACUCCUUCUGGAAAAUUAAAAUUGCCAAGUUCAAAGAUUCCAGGUUUGGGACUUUCAACUAGCUUGCCUUAUGGGCCAGAUAUCAAAGGCCAUGGAAUUAAGGGAGGGAUUGAUUUACCAGAUAUGAAUUUGGAUUUCCCUGAGAAAGAGACAAAACUACAUGGGAAAUCCCUUGAUACUGAUGUUAAUGGUCCAGCAGACAAAUUCAAAAUGCCCAAAAUAAAAACACCCAAAUUUAGUAUAGCAGGCUUUAAAGGGCCUGUUAUGGACAUAGAAACAGACCUAGACAACCCGGAUUUAAGGUUGUCAUCACCCACACUGGAUGCAGACAUUAGUGCUCCUGAUGUUGGCAUUAAUGGACCUGAAGCUAAUUUAAAGGGUCUCAAAACAGGCAUUAUUGUCCCUGACUUAGACAUGCCAUCAGGCAAAAUGAAUAUGCCAAAGUUUAAGAUGCCUGAUUUUGGACUCUCAGGACCUAAAGUAAAAGCACCUGAGACUGGGUUAUCAACUCCUAAAAUGAAAGGUGAGAUUAAUUCACCAAACCUUUCACUUCCACAGUUUAAUUUAGAUGGCCCUACAGGUAAAGUACCAACCCUUGAAACACCAGAGGUUGACAUCACCACUCCUGACUUUAAUGCUGAUGUUCCUUCAGGAAAACUGAAAAUGCCUAAAUUUGGACUUUCAACUAGUCUGCCUAAAGGUCCAAAUUUCAAAGGCCCAAAAAUAAAGGGAGGAAUUGAUGCACCAGACAUGAGUUUGGAUUUUCCUGAGGCUGACCUAAAAGCUCCCAAACUCAAUAUGAAAUCUCCUGAUAUUGAUGGUCCAGAUGGCAAAUUCAAAAUGCCCAAAAUGAAAACACCCAAAUUUAGCAUUCCAGGCUUUACAGGGCCUGAUAUGAGUGUUAAAGGAAACCUGGACACGCCAGAUUUGAGUUUGUCAUCACCAAAAUUCGAUGCUGAUAUUGGUGCUCCAAAUAUUGACAUCAAUGGACCCAAAGCUAGCUUGAAAGGUCCUAAAACUGAUUUUACAGUUCCUGAUGUGGAUUUCCCUUCAGGCAAGGUGAGCAAACCCAAGUUUAAGAUGCCUAAUUUUGGACUUUCAGGACCUAAAGUAAAAGCACCUGAGAUGGAUCUGUCACUUCCUAAAAUGAAAGGCGAGAUUAAUUCACCAAACCUUUCACUCCCACCGUUUAAUGUAGAUGGCCCUACAGGUAAAGUACCAACCCUUGAAACCCCAGAGGUUGACAUCACCACUCCUGACUUUAAUGCUGAUGUUCCUUCAGGAAAACUGAAAAUGCCUAAAUUUGGACUUUCAACUAGUCUGCCUAAAGGUCCAAAUUUCAAAGGCCCCAAAAUAAAGGGAGGAAUUGAUGCACCAGACAUGAGUUUGGAUUUUCCUGAGGCUGACCUAAAAGGUCCCAAACUCAAUAUGAAAUCUCCUGAUAUUGAUGGUCCAGAUGGCAAAUUCAAAAUGCCCAAAAUGAAAACACCCAAAUUUAGCAUUCCAGGCUUUACAGGGCCUGAUAUGAGUGUUAAAGGAAACCUGGACACGCCAGAUUUGAGUUUGUCAUCACCAAAAUUCGAUGCAGAUAUUGGUGCUCCAAAUAUUGAUAUCAAUGGACCCAAAGCUAGCUUGAAAGGUCCUAAAACUGAUUUUACAGUUCCUGAUGUGGAUUUCCCUUCAGGCAAGGUGAGCAAUCCCAAGUUUAAGAUGCCUGAAUUUGGACUCUCAGGAUCUAAAGUGAAAACACCUGAUAUGGAUCUGUCACUUCCUAAAAUGAAAGGCGAGAUUAAUUCACCAAACCUUUCACUCCCACAGUUUAAUGUAGAUGGCCCUACAGUUAAAGUACCAACCCUUGAAACAGCAGAGGUUGACAUUACCACUCCUGACUUAAAUGCUGAUGUUCCUUCAGGAAAACUGAAAAUGCCUAAAUUUGGAUUUUCAACUAAUCUGCCUAAAAGUCCAAAACUCAAAGGCCCCAAAGUAAAGGGAGGAAUUGAUGCACCAGACAUGAAUUUGGAUUUCCCUGAGGCUGACCUAAAAGGUCCCAAACUCAGUAUGAAAUCUCCUGAUAUUGAUGGUCCAAAUGGCAAAUUCAAAAUGCCCAAAAUGAAAACACCCAAAUUUAAUUUUCCAAAAUUGAAAAGACCUGAAUUGGAUGCUAAAGGGGGCAUUGACAGGCCAGAUUUGAGUUUGUCAUCACCAAAAUUCGAUGCUGAUAUUGGUGCUCCUAAUAUUGACAUCAAUGGACCCAAAGCUAGCUUGAAAGGUCCUAAAACUGAUUUUACAGCUCCUGAUGUGGAUUUCCCUUCAGGCAAGGUGAGCAAACCCAAGUUUAAGAUGCCUGAUUUUGGACUUUCAGGACCUAAAGUAAAAGCACCUGAGAUGGAUCUGUCACUUCCUAAAAUGAAAGGCGAGAUUAAUUCACCAAACCUUUCACUCCCACCGUUUAAUGUAGAUGGCCCUACAGGUAAAGUACCAACCCUUGAAACCCCAGAGGUUGACAUCACCACUCCUGACUUAAAUGCUGAUGUUCCUUCAAGAAAACUGAAAAUGCCUAAAUUUGGACUUUCAACUAAUCUGCCUAAAAGUCCAAAACUCAAAGGCCCCAAAGUAAAGGGAGGAAUUGAUGCACCAGACAUGAAUUUGGAUUUCCCUGAGGCUGACCUAAAAGCUCCCAAACUCAAUAUGAAAUCUCCUGAUAUUGAUGGUCCAGAUGGCAAAUUCAAAAUGCCCAAAAUGAAAACACCCAAAUUUAGCAUUCCAGGCUUUAAAGGGCCUGAUAUGAGCGUUAAAGGAAACCUGGACACGCCAGAUUUGAGUUGGUCAUCACCAAAAUUUGAUGCUAAUAUUGGUGCUCCAAAUAUUGACAUCAAUGGACCCAAAGCUAGCUUGAAAGGUCCUAAAACUGAUUUUACAGUUCCUGAUGUGGAUUUCCCUUCAGGCAAGGUGAGCAAACCCAAGUUUAAGAUGCCUGAUUUUGGACUUUCAGGACCUAAAGUAAAAGCACCUGAGAUGGAUCUGUCACUUCCUAAAAUGAAAGGCGAGAUUAAUUCACCAAACUUUUCACUCCCACCGUUUAAUGUAGAUGGCCCUACAGGUAAAGUACCAACCCUUGAAACAACAGAGGUUGACAUCACCACUCCUGACUUAAAUGCUGAUGUUCCUUCAGGAAAACUGAAAAUGCCUAAAUUUGGACUUUCAACUAAUCUGCCUAAAAGUCCAAAUGUCAAAGGCCCCAAAGUAAAGGGAGGAAUUGAUGCACCAGACAUGAAUUUGGAUUUCCCUGAGGCUGACCUAAAAGCUCCCAAACUCAAUAUGAAAUCUCCUGAUAUUGAUGGUCCAGAUGGCAAAUUCAAAAUGCCCAAAAUGAAAACACCCAAAUUUAGCAUUCCAGGCUUUACAGGGCCUGAUAUGAGUGUUAAAGGAAACCUGGACACGCCAGAUUUGAGUUGGUCAUCACCGAAAUUUGAUGCUGAUAUUGGUGCUCCAAAUAUUGACAUCAAUGGACCCAAAGCUAGCUUGAAAGGUCCUAAAACUGAUUUUACAGUUCCUGAUAUGGAUUUCCCUUCAGGCAAGGUGAGCAAACCCAAGUUUAAGAUGCCUGAUUUUGGACUUUCAGGACCUAAAGUAAAAGCACCUGAGAUGGAUCUGUCACUUCCUAAAAUGAAAGGCGAGAUUAAUUCACCAAACUUUUCACUCCCACAGUUUAAUGUAGAUGGCCCUACAGGUAAAGUACCAACCCUUGAAACCCCAGAGGUUGACAUCACCACUCCUGACUUAAAUGCUGAUGUUCCUUCAAGAAAACUGAAAAUGCCUAAAUUUGGACUUUCAACUAAUCUGCCUAAAAGUCCAAAACUCAAAGGCCCCAAAGUAAAGGGAGGAAUUGAUGCACCAGACAUGAAUUUGGAUUUCCCUGAGGCUGACCUAAAAGCUCCCAAACUCAAUAUGAAAUCUCCUGAUAUUGAUGGUCCAGAUGGCAAAUUCAAAAUGCCCAAAAUGAAAACACCCAAAUUUAGCAUUCCAGGCUUUAAAGGGCCUGAUAUGAGCGUUAAAGGAAACCUGGACACGCCAGAUUUGAGUUGGUCAUCACCAAAAUUUGAUGCUAAUAUUGGUGCUCCAAAUAUUGACAUCAAUGGACCCAAAGCUAGCUUGAAAGGUCCUAAAACUGAUUUUACAGUUCCUGAUGUGGAUUUCCCUUCAGGCAAGGUGAGCAAACCCAAGUUUAAGAUGCCUGAUUUUGGACUUUCAGGACCUAAAGUAAAAGCACCUGAGAUGGAUCUGUCACUUCCUAAAAUGAAAGGCGAGAUUAAUUCACCAAACUUUUCACUCCCACCGUUUAAUGUAGAUGGCCCUACAGGUAAAGUACCAACCCUUGAAACCCCAGAGGUUGACAUCACCACUCCUGACUUUAAUGCUGAUGUUCCUUCAGGAAAACUGAAAAUGCCUAAAUUUGGACUUUCAACUAAUCUGCCUAAAAGUCCAAAUCUCAAAGGCCCCAAAGUAAAGGGAGGAAUUGAUGCACCAGACAUGAAUUUGGAUUUCCCUGAGGCUGACCUAAAAGCUCCCAAACUCAAUAUGAAAUCUCCUGAUAUUGAUGGUCCAGAUGGCAAAUUCAAAAUGCCCAAAAUGAAAACACCCAAAUUUAGCAUUCCAGGCUUUACAGGGCCUGAUAUGAGUGUUAAAGGAAACCUGGACACGCCAGAUUUGAGUUGGUCAUCACCGAAAUUUGAUGCUGAUAUUGGUGCUCCAAAUAUUGACAUCAAUGGACCCAAAGCUAGCUUGAAAGGUCCUAAAACUGAUUUUACAGUUCCUGAUAUGGAUUUCCCUUCAGGCAAGGUGAGCAAACCCAAGUUUAAGAUGCCUGAUUUUGGACUUUCAGGACCUAAAGUAAAAGCACCUGAGAUGGAUCUGUCACUUCCUAAAAUGAAAGGCGAGAUUAAUUCACCAAACUUUUCACUCCCACAGUUUAAUGUAGAUGGCCUUACAGGUAAUGUACCAACCCUUGAAACACCAGAGGUUGACAUCACCACUCCUGACUUAAAUGCUGAUGUUCCUUCAAGAAAACUGAAAAUGCCUAAAUUUGGACUUUCAACUAGUCUGCCUAAAAGUCCAAAUCUCAAAGGCCCCAAAGUAAAGGGAGGAAUUGAUGCACCAGACAUGAAUUUGGAUUUCCCUGAGGCUGACCUAAAAGCUCCCAAACUCAAUAUGAAAUCUCCUGAUAUUGAUGGUCCAGAUGGCAAAUUCAAAAUGCCCAAAAUGAAAACACCCAAAUUUAGCAUUCCAGGCUUUACAGGGCCUGAUAUGAGUGUUAAAGGAAACCUGGACACGCCAGAUUUGAGUUGGUCAUCACCGAAAUUUCAUGCUGAUAUUGGUGCUCCAAAUAUUGACAUCAAUGGACCCAAAGCUAGCUUGAAAGGUCCUAAAACUGAUUUUACAGUUCCUGAUAUGGAUUCUUCAUCAGGAAAAGUGAACAUGCCCAAGCUUAAAAUACCUGAUUUAGGAUUGUCAGAUCCCAAAAUUAAAGCACCUGAAAUAGAUCUCUCAGGUCCUUCAAUGAAAGGUGAUAUCAAUUCACCUGACUUUGGUAUUAAAGGCCAUAAGCCAAAGUUCUCAGCUCCCGGAUUUAAUGUAGAUGUCCCUACAGAUAAACUUAAAACAAAAAAACCCAAAAUCAGUCUUGAAUGUCCAGACAUGAACACUGAUGCUCCCUCAGGAAAACUGAAAAUGCCUAAAUUUGGAUUAUCAGAUACCCUGCCCAAAGGCCCAGAUAUUAAGGGUCCUAAUACUCAAGGAGGAAUUGAUGCCCAAGACAUUGAGUUAACUCUCCGUCAAGCUGCUCUGAAAAGUCCCAAACUGAAUCAGAACUCUCUUGAUAUUUACACUGAUGGUCCUGUGGGUACUGAAUCGAAUCUCAGUGCUCCACAUAUAAAUGCUGGCACUACUAAUAUUAAAAUGCCAACUUUCAAAAGUUCAAGAGGGAACAUUAAGGUGGCAAACAGUCUGGAUGUGGAUGGCGACAUUAGAGAUUCAUAUGACACAUCAAAAGGAAAUGUGCACACAGAUUUCAGAUCUGAAACUGACACAAGAGGUCCCAGUUUUCAUUUAAUAACCAGCACGAAAAAUCCUAAUCAACACAGAAAUAAACCAAAGGGCAGUGUGAAGAUUAUGAAGGAUUAUGCAUCAGGCAUGGAACUUGAUGUCCCAAAAGGCACCUUAAAAGGGUCAAAGUUUAAGUUAUUAACACUAGUGUGAUGACCAUUCCCAAUUAAAAAAAACAGGAGGACAAGGAUGGUCAUGUUGAUGGUGACUUCAUUUCUUGUUUAUUACUGAAACACAUGGGUCUGCAAAAUAUAAAUGUAUGUAUUAUCUUAAAAAUGCCAAUUUUAUGUUGAUAUUCAUAUGUAAAUAUUUUGAGAAAUAUCUCUGAAAAAUGUACAUAAAAUGAUGUGCAAUUUAUUAAUUUGGUGUAAGAAAUGUUCUUAUAUAAUCACAUGUAUAUAUUAGAUUUAUCUGUAAGAGAUUUUUUUUCCCUGUACAAAAGACUUACAAAGAUGUUUUUAUUUAUUUUUUGUGUUACCACUGUGCAAAAGAGCAGUACGCUCUUCAAAACUGUGUGAAAUAUACAUUUGAAUCUAGACUAUAUUGUGAAAGAUAAUGAACAGUAAUAUGCACAUAUAAUUAAUAUGUGCUUGAAAGUAUGUUAACUGUUCUGAAACUUCAAGUGUAAAUGGCUUAAAAAGACCCUUAUUUUUCUACUGUGUACUUUUAUACCAAAUAUGAGAAUGGUAAUUAAUUAUGUAAGUGGGCUUUUUGAAGUUUCACUCUUUUUAACGUGUUUUUUUUUAUUAUUUGUUUAAUUAUGAUGUUUGUAUGCAUUGUUUCAAGUGAUGUCUUUCAUUAAAAUCUCAUUUAUUGUAAUGACAA